AUGGAUCCCCAUAUCUUCAUAGCACGGGCGGAGGCGCAACGGUGGCUGGGUAUCGCCGAGAAACUGCUUAUGAGCCACGACCUAGUCGGCUCCAAGACAUUUGCGAUCCGAGCACGAGAGUCUGACCCCAGACUUGAAGCUGCUGAUCAGAUCCUAGCAGUUGUUGAUACGCUCAUCGCUGCCGAGAAACAGGUCGUCGGAAAUAAUGGCGUGCAGCAGCCGGAUUUUUACGGGAUCCUUCAACUCGUCCAGUUUGUUCAGGACACGGACCACAUCGCCUCCCAGUACCAAAUGCUCGCCUUCAUCCUAAACCCUCAUCAAAAUCGGUUCCCUUACUCCGAUCAAGCGUUUCAGAUUGUUAACGAAGCUUGGGCCGUGUUGUCGAACCCUAUGAGGAAAUCUAUGUAUGAUUCGGAGCUUGAUUUUCCGCCGCAACUGCAGAUGAACACUAUAGGGUUUAAUCUCGAGGAACAGCAGCAGCAGCAGCAAGAACAACACAAUUUUUUUUCGAUUGACUAUAUGGGGUCGGAUCAGCAGAAAUCGCCGGAGCAAGAGCAGACGUUUCAAACUAGGGUACAACAAACUCAUCAACAGCAGGAGUCGCAGCAGCAUAAUUUUCUGUCACGAAAUCAAUCUGCACCUGUUCACGAGGAGGAUGAGCAAUUGUUUCAGCAUCAUGAGCAGGAGCAAUUGUUUCAGCCACAGGUUGAGCCUUUAGAAGUCAUGUCUACACCGUAUCAACAAAAUCCACCACAAUCUCCUCAGCCGCAGCCAUCUAUGCAAUCCGCAACUCCGCCUCCUGCAGCACCACCACAACCUCCGUUAUCUUGGCCACAAGCACCAUCUCUGUCACAGCCACAGCAGCCACACCAGAAACAGCAACCUCCAUUGCAGCCCCAACAACAAGAAGCAUGGGUAGAACAAGAUGCUGGUCCUGUUCAUUCUCCUAAUCAAGUUAAUAGUAACAAUGGUGCAAAGGAGGAGGAAACUGAAACAGAAACAGAAGCAGAAGCUGAGAAUGUGGAUGAGUCGCCUACAUUUUGGACUGCAUGUCCUUACUGUUUCUACAUGUAUGAGUAUCAAAGGAUCUAUGCAGAGUGCACCAUCCGUUGUGACAACUGUAAAAGGGCAUUUCAGGCUGUAGGUAUUUCCUCCCCACCAUUAAUGGCAGAAGGCCAGGAAGACUAUUUCUAUUGUUGGGGAUACUACCCUUUAGGGGUUUCAAUCUCACAUCUGCCAAAAACAGCUAAAACGAACUCAAAGUGGACACCUUUUUCACCUCUCCAUGAUGCCUCAAGAAUCUCUGAACCUAGUGAUGAUUCUGAUGUUGAAUGGAAUAUGACCAGGGACAAAAGUUGA